UGAUAAGGGAGUGUACCCCGACAGCGACACGUGACAGAAGUGCUAGGGCACGACGACAACGACGUCAAUACAUCCCCAUGCACGAGGGUCACAUUGACUGGGUGAACUGUCUGUUCAGGAUCUGUCUACUUCAUUCGGAUAACCCUGGUGGUCACCUGCAUCUGGACAUGACCGGUCAUCACUGACAAUGGAGAGCAACCGUAGUCGUUAUGUGGACGUGGGGAUGUCACUGACGUCGAUUGACUUCGGUGACGCCGACGGCCUGGGGGUUCAGGGAAGGGCGGCGUCGGUCCAUCCCGCCUAUGCCAGGGAGAGCAAGGCUGACUACACCCCCCGAUGGAGACCCACCCCAAGAAAACAGGCUGAGGACUUUGAAAGGGAGAUGCUUGAUCAGUCAGCUUCAGAACUCAAAUCUACAGUAGAGGAGCUGGAAAAGAGAUUUGAUGCUAUCGAAAAUGAAGGCAACGAGUGGAAGACACGGUUUGAGACCCAGCAGGAGAUGAAUCAGCAGCUGGAGAGGCAGAUACUUAUCUUCCAGAACAAGGUGGAGGAGGCACGCAGAAAUGUCCGGGAAGCUAACAAGUCCCCACGGGACAAUCGCAACUUUGAUGACAUGGAGGCCAGUCCGCAGAUGAUCAAGAACCUGGAGAAGGAGAAGCAGAGUCUGUAUAACCAGCUACGUGACCUGGAGUGGAGGCUAGACCAGGAGUCCAAGGCCUACCACAAGGCCAAUGACGAGCGGAAACAGUAUGUGCUGGAGAUAAAUGCCACCAAGGGCCACUUGGAAGAUGUGAGGAUGCGGCAGAAGAUGGCACUCCUGGAUGGCAGUAGCACAGCAAGGACAGCAAGAGAUUCAGGAGGGAAUAUUCCCGAUGAUCAAAGAGUGCUUGACCCAAGGCGUGGACCAAUCAAGAAAACAGCAGGAGUCAAGAACCUCCCGAGUCUAGAGAUGGUGUGAUAAAGGGAGACAACCAUGUCAGUUACUGAACCAAUGGAAGCAUGAACACAUGGCCUGUUACUGGUGUGAAGGUUCUAUCUUACACAGACCUGUGUGGUGGAAUGAAAGCUAUCUGUGAUAACUUAUUUAUUAUCUGUAGUCACACUGGCAGACUCAAUACAUACACUGGAUUAUAGAUGGGUGCAGGGAUUGUGCAGACGUAUUUCUACUUAGCAGGCACAGAUCAGCUGCAGUUUGUCUGUAUUCUUAAUGGUUCACGAUUUUGACAAUAUAACACUCUGAUCCAGUAAGGAAACAACUCUGUGUCCUCCUGCCAUGUGUCCUACAACCAUGUGUAGAAUAGCCUUAGACACAGGGACUUCACAUACAGACACGGGGACUUCACAUACAGACACAGGGACUUCACAUACAGACACGGGGACUUCACAUACAGACACAGGGACUUCACAUACAGACACGGGGACUUCACAUACAGACACAGGGACUUCACAUACAGACACAGGGACUUUACAUACAGACACAGGGACUUCAGAUACAGACACAGGGACUUCACAUACAGACACAGGGACUUCACAUACAGACACGGGGACUUCAAAUAUAGACCCACAGGGACUUUACACAUGAGAAAUAUAUUCCUGAUCUCUUGAUUUGUGUGUAAAGCUGGAUGGUUUUGAAUGAGAAAAUUGAAUGUUGAAGCCAUGCCAUACUGUGGUAGUGACGAUGUCAACCAUGUCUCCAGUAACACGCACUGUUCUGAACUCAAGGAUUAGGUGCCCGUCUCCGUGACGACAGAGACAACUGUACAACUACGCAAGCUUCAUCAACAAAACAGGGUUCCAUCGUAACCAAUGCUUAUUAAUGAGAAAAUCUCAAAAUAAUUUAUUAUUGAAUAAGAAUAUAUAUUCUCCCUCCAAAGACACUUAUGGUCCUUUCAUGACUCAGUAGGUCAAUCAAUUUUGACUGUUAUCUAUUCUGAUUAAGAGAUAGAGUUUAAAAAAAUGAUAACAUUGUACAUGUUUGGAUACUAUAUAUAGAUUUUGAGAAUAUUGGAAAUUUCCUGAUAACUUUAUAUUUAUGUCGAUACUGGAUUCAUGAAAUACUUGUAUAAUUACCUUGAAUGCUCCCAGUUUGUUUUACGAUGGAAUUCAUAUCAAUCAUGCUGUUAUGUAUCCGACAAUGUUAUUAUAAUAUACAGAGAUUCAUUGUAAUAAUUAUAAGCUAUAUUAUACAUGUCGAUGCACCUUGACCUCCAGUCAAGAUAAAUAGAUGGGACUGUUGUAGCAGAAAACAACACCAUAACACAUCACUGUAGUCACACUCAUAGACA